AUGGAUUCGCCUGGCGGGGCUGCGGCGGAGGAUCAGCAGGAAUUCGCGGGCCGGGUGAAGUCCUUCUUCGAGUCGGCCCCGCCGCUGGUGGACGGCGAGAAUGUCUCAAAGAAGAUAGCAGGGUUUAUAAGCCGCAACAGGCGAGCUUCAGGCAUGCUUGAUGUUCUGAAGCAAAAGCUUGAAGUCCUUGAUCUUUAGACUGCUCCUCGCUGGUGACCAGAAGCUCUGACUUUGCCCGUUUUCAUGGUUAUCAGAGGAGGGGAGGCCGAGCCGGGUCGUCUGCGUGACCUCAGGGGGCACGACCGUCCCUCUGGAGCAGCGCUGCGUCCGCUACAUCGAUAAUUUCAGCUCCGGCCACAGAGGAGCCACAUCAACCGAGUAUACUUUACUUAGCAAGAUCCCCUGAUAGAGUUACGACCUUUACGACUUUCUAUCUCUACCCAUCUUGAUGCAGGUACUUUGUCAAAGCUGGGUAUGCUGUCAUCUUCCUCCAUCGCCGGUAGAGCUCGGAGAUCAUCCGACAUCACCGAUUCCUGUUCAGAGUGUGAUGUGAUGUGAUAUUUUUCUAUGCUGAGGCAGUGGGUUCGUGUUCGCAGGGGGGCCUACCAGCCGUAUUGCAGAUACCUUCCUGAAGAUUCGUUCCUCGACUUCUUCGAGGUCACCGAAGGAUCUGCAAUCCGAGGUUCGCCAAUUCUAUUCAAACUUUUUUUUUUUUUGGUUUUUUUUUCAUGGGGUUUUUUCUCUCUCGUGGAUUUAUUAUUUAUUCGUGAUCAUCCAACUACAGUCACCAUUUUUUUCUUCCUAAAUGCUUCCAGUGUGUGAAUCGCAUGCCAAGGAGGUCACCAGGGCGAUAAGAGAUUAUCGUGCGGUAUGAAUGUUCAUCAUAUGAACUACCCUUGGAUUAUUCUUGCCUUUGAACGAUGAAAAAAACCAAGUUUUUGCUCAUUACAGGCGGUGGAUGGAGGCCUGCUGCUGAAAGUACCCUUUACAUCGAUCUUCGAGUACCUGCAGGUCUGAUGCAACUUAAUGCGUUGGAAUGGAGACGACCCAGAUAAUUUUGAUUAAUUUUCUGCACGAUUUGGCAGACUAAAACCCCCUGAAGGUUAUAUACAUGCGCAUAUAAAAAAAUAGAAUCUAGUAUAGUUUUUCUCUGGGCACAUGAAUUGUGGUAUAUACGGCAGAAAGGCCACAACAGUCGCUCAUACCGGGUUGAAGAUAUUCGUUGACUUGGGUGAUAAGCAUCUGGGAAUCUGCGGUGAGUGCUAUUUUUUUUUUUUUCUCUCUCACCAUUGAGGUUGAAUAUCUCCAUUUAGGGAGAUAUUUGUGGCAUUGUUGAUCAUCCAGGAUCAUACGUGAGACCAUUGAUGUGGGUUUUGAGGUGUAGAAUCUUCUGUGGAAUGUGGGCCGCUAACAUAAUCUAAUGGCCAAGUAACUAGAUAAGGCUUGCAUACUAUGUUCCUAAAUUUAGAUAUUCUCAUUUAUUUAUUUUUUAAAAAAGCUUUUUAUAUGCAAUCUCAGGAGAAGAUCAUGAUUCUAACAUGCUUGAAUUUACCUAUUUGGCCACAGAUAUUACAGAUUGUGGCUGGAUCGAUGAAACCUCUAGGCUCAUUUGGAAUGUUCUAUCUUGCGGCCGCAGUGUCAGACUUUUAUGUUCCUUGGGAGAGCAUGGUAUGAAAUCCGGCGAUUUUUUUUUUUCCUCUUCCACAUAUAUUUCAGAAUUUUCAAAUCCAUCCUAUUUAUAUGAUUAUUAGCCUUGAUCGCCAGAUGUGAAUGCUCAUGAUCGAAAAGAGUAGGCUCGUGAAUUUUCCCUGGAAUUCGGAUACAUUUGCGAUUUUUUGAAUUUUUUAGUGACUAGAGAAUGAAUCUUGGAGAAAAUACAAACAUACAUAGAAGUCACAUAAUUCUCUGGAGGUCACAGUUCCAUAAACGUCAGGUAAUUUUUGUUGCAGGAGGAGAAAGAAUUGCCCAACUCUUUAAUCACUUGAUAUUCCUGGGAAAUAAUGAUUAUUUUAUCUAUAAAUUUACCUUUUUUUUUUGGUAUGAAUAAAUUCGACGAACGCUGGGUAAGGAGAGAUAUUAAUCUCCAUUUUUCGCAGAGAAAAUGCGCUAAUAAUUUUUUUAUUAUUUGACAUAGCUUGUACAAUGUUGUUAAACUUAUGUGCGUGUAUGAAGGCGGAGCAUAAGAUCCAAUCAGCUGGUGGCCCUCUGGACAUGAGGCUUGCUCCUGUGCCGAAGAUGCUCUCACUGUUGAGGAAAGAGUGGGCCCCCAUGGCGUUCUGCAUAUCAUUCAAGGUCUGCUCCUCUAUCAAACCCCCCCCCUCCCCCCAACCCACCCCCUUCAGAGGGGAGGACCCACCCCAUAUGGAUUCAAGAUUCUCAGAAUAUUAUUUAUUUAUUUAUUUAGUUAUUUAAUUCUUGGAUGUGCUGAAAAAAUGAGAAUGGGUACGCUGGAUCGAUCCUGUUGAGGGGGCAGGGGAAGACAUCAUAUGGAUUCAAGAUUCUCAGAAUAUUAUUUAUUUAUUUAUUUAUUUAGUUAUUUAAUUCUUGGAUGUGCUGAAAAAGAUUAUUUAGUUAUUAUUUACUUCAUAGGAAAAUUCCUGAAAAUUCUUGGCCUUUCUCAGCUUUAACUGGCUCUCUGGUUUAUUUCAUAAAAUAGUAGCGUUUGAAAAGUCAGAUGAGAAAAUUGCGUGAAAAUUCUAUGCUUUUUAUAGCCGCCUCAUGAAUAUUUAUGGUCUCUAAAAAUUUGUUACUAAAUACUUUUAUUUUUAUUUUAUUUUUUUGCCCCCUCUGGAACCAAUUUUCUCGCACCUUUGGCAGUUGGAGACAGACUCGGAUAUCCUGCUCAAGAAGGCUGACAUGGCACUGAGAAAGUAUGGGAUGCAUGUAGUCGUAGCCAAUGAGCUGUCUACACGUAAGAAGGAAGUCGUCGUCGUCACAGAGACUGGGAAAGUCAAAGUUAGAACAGACGAACAGCACAGGGAGGUCGAGGAGAAACUCAUUGACCUGCUCAUAGAACAGCAUUCCCACUACAUUGAAGAGUCGGAGAAGGAUGCGGUCAACGGGUAG